GCAAGCAAGCUGAUAUAGAUACAGAGAGAGAGAGAGAGAGAGAGAGAGGGGAUCCGCUUUCUCCGACCAAUCCGCUUUGCUUUGCUUCUUCGCUUGGCUUUCAAAUUUGAGGCGACGGAGCAGGCAAAAUAACACCGAAUGCCCCUCGCCGCAUUCCUCUCCUGGUCUCCCGCUCUCCGCCUCCUUCGAGCUCUUCGAGAACCCUAAUGGGGUUUUCUCUUAAAUAAAAUAGUCGAAAGAGGUGAGAGCUUGGGCAUUGAAGCUCCCUUUUUGGCUUUUUGCGUUGCACUUUCUCCCAUACUAUUUGCAUCUUCGAUCGGUAGCAAAACGUGAAAUGCGGGUUCUACCUAGCCGAUUUUGAGGCCGCGGUCCAGAUCUCGAGUGUUUUGGUGUUAGUGAAUACAUUAUCGUGACAGAUUAUAGCUUGGAGUGGUGGAGCGGUUAAUGGAGCGAAAUUUUAGGACACCGGAGCUGCGGGGGAGGGCCAUGGGAGCAGUAGGGAAAGAUAGAGAAGAGGACCUCACCCUGUUCAUUGAGAUGCGGAAGCGAGAGAAGGAGCGAAGCAACCUUUUGCUCCAGAACUCGAAUGAAAUUGAUCCACAAUUGGAGUCUCAGCCUGGGGGCUCUCCAAUUUUCAAGAUGCUACGAUCUACUGUGCGUAAAACUACAGCUGACGAGUUUCUCAACUCGGACAAUGAGAAGAGCGAUUAUGACUGGCUUCUCACACCACCAGACACACCACUUUUUCCAUAUCUGGAGAAGGAGUCUCACAGAUCUCCUGUAGGGCAUAAUGGUACUCCAAAAGGUCAUCCUACUAUGUUAAAAUCUAGGUUAGCUUAUCCUGCAGAUCCUUCUUCAAGAACUAUGUCAACAUCUAGACAAAUGGCUCCCUCUGCUAGCUUAAACUCUUCGUUUUCUGGAAUUCGGAGACCAUCCUCAUCUGGGGGCUCUAGUGUAGCUUCAUCUAGGCCUGCAACCCCAACUGGACGGUCAACAAUGCCUACAUCAGCGAAACUCUCCAGAUCUUCGACUACUUCCGGUUCAACAUUGCCCUCCAACUUGGUGGUUUCCCGGCCAAGGUCAUCCACACCAAUUAGAUCUUCUACACCCACCUCAAGAUCUUCCAUACCACCAGCUAACAAAUCUACAUCAAGGUCUGAUACUCCAACAAGGAGGCCAACCACCCCAUCUGGCCUGCAUACUAGUUCAGCCCCACUCAGUCGUUCUUCUUCUGUCACAAAAUCAGGCACUGGAACCAGUUCUAUAUCAAGGCCUUCCGUCAUAAAGUCAAGUCCUGGAACGAGUUCUACAACAAGGCCCAGCCCUACUCCCAGUUCUGUACCAAGAUCUGGUCCUGUAACCAGUUCAAUCACCAGGUUAGGUCCGGCCAAUUCUGUCCCAAGGUCAGUUUUGCCGGCCAACUCUGCUCCAAAAUCAGGCCCAACAUCAUCAAAAAUCGCAGCUCCAUCACGAGGAACCUCUCCAACAGUAAGAUCAAGGCCUUGGAAACCCUCUGAAAUGCCUGGGUUUACCUUUGACGCACCUCCUAAUCUGAGGACUACACUGUCGGAGAGGUCUUCACCUUCACGGGGCAGACCUGGCGCACCCAGCUUUAGAUCAUCUUCUGUUGAGGAUAGAGCGAUUGCAAGGCCUAGAAGGCAGUCUUGUUCACCUUCUAGAGGGAGAGCCCCUAAAGGGAAUUUUGUCAGUGGUAGCUCUGUUCCUGCAUCAAGCAGAUUGCGAAUAAAUGGUUGCGACGAUGAAAGCCCAGUUGCUAUAGGAACUAAAAUGGUUGAAAGAGUUGUAAAUUUGAGAAGACUGGCACCUCCAAAGCAUGAUGACCUGCAUUCCAGCAACAAUUCUUCAGCGAAAUCCUCCAUCUCGCCAGAUGGCACUGGCUUUGGGAGAACAUUGUCGAAAAAGUCACUUGAUAUGGCCAUGAGGCAUAUGGAUAUAAGGCGAAGCAUACCUAGCACUCUACGGCCAUUGAUGAGCAACAUUCCAGCUUCAUCUUUGUACAGUGUGAGGUCUGGUUCUAUGAGGAGUAGAACAGUGAGUGUUUCUGAUUCUCCUCUUGCUACAAGCAGCAAUGCAAGCUCUGAACAGAGCGUCAGUAACAGUGUGUUCUGUUAUGAUGGAAAUGAAAUUGAACAUGACCUCUGCAAUGAGAAAUGGGUGAGGACCUCCUCACCUUCAUUCUUUCUGGCAAGAUAACAUCAAAGCUUUUCUUUUCUCCUUAACAUCUAAAAUUAGGUGGAAUCUUGCAAGAGCGUUAACCCUUGAUGGAAACUGGCAGCAGAGAGAGCAGUUGCUUGGUGUGUUCCACCUUUUCAUGGCCAUGAGAGUAAGCACUUUGAGAGUUUUGUUCAACUUUGUAUGUCAGCUGACCUUGUCAAUUUCCCUUUUUAACUUAGGCUUCAUUUGGGACAGCUUUUUUGUUGCUUUUUAAAACAGCUUUUUUAAUACAAAAUUUUUAAUUUUUGUAUUAAAAAGCUGCUUAAAAAAAUAGUUAAAAAGUUGUCUCAAAGAAAACCUUACUCUGCCAUUUGCAUGCUGGUUUCUAAGACGUGUUAAGUGUAUGGCCUGUUCUGGAAUCAAUAUAAACAUAAAUUAGCAGCUGUGAACUGUUCUUUUGGAGGCGUUUAUUUUGCAAGUGUUGAAUGUUUGUUUCUGAUUAUGAAUACAUACAUAUCUGCGUUCGUGUGAACA